GCGCAUACGGAAGUGAAGCGCGGAAGUUCGCAGAGUGUUUCUUCACUCGCUGCGAGUUUGACGCAGAGCUGUAAACAUGACGGACCCCAGUAAACACGACAUCACCACGGUCCUCAAGCGACUGCGCUCCCUUCCCACUAACAAGAUGUGCUUCGACUGCUCCCUGAAGAACCCCAGCUGGGCGAGCAUCACAUACGGGGUGUUUCUCUGCAUCGACUGUUCCGGGACACACCGCUCUCUGGGGGUUCACCUGUCCUUCAUCAGGUCGACGGAGCUGGACUCCAACUGGUCCUGGUUUCAGCUGCGCUGCAUGCAAGUCGGCGGCAACGCCAGUGCGAGUGCGUUCUUCAGUCAGCACGGCUGCAGCGCCAGCGCCGCCAACAUCAAAUACAACAGUAGGGCGGCGCUGCUGUACCGCGAGCGCAUCAAGAGUCUGGCCACGCAGGCCACGCGCCAACACGGCACCGAGCUGUGGCUGGACAAUCAGGCUCCGCUCUCGCCCUCGUCUCCCGUCGACAAACACGAGGACUUCUUCACACAGCACAUUCAGCUGCCCAUGCUGAAGGAGGGACACCAGCUGAACACUAGCCAACAGCAGGACUCGGUCCAGGACGGGAAUAAUAACGGUGCAGGUGCCGCUGAGGAGGGUCCCAGUGUGGAGCAUCUCAGCACAUGUCCUUCAUCAUCUUCAUCAGAGCUGCCCUCUCUGAUCAAGAAGAAGCCCGCCGCCACCUCCGGCAGGAAAACCGUGGGCGGCAGGAAGGCCGGUCUGGGCGCACAGAAGGUGAGCAGCCAGAGCUUCAGCACGCAGCAGAAGCGAGCUCAGGCCGUGGACAGACUCCAGGAGGAGAUGAAGAGCAGCGACGCCGAGCCUCAACACCAGACAGGAUCGUCCCUGAGCCACUCGUUUGACAGUCUGGAGCUGCAGAGGAGCGCGAGGAGGGAUGAGCAGCAGAUGAGUCGCCUGGACGGCAAGAGGAAGGAGCAGGCGGAGCGGCUCGGCAUGGGCUUCGGUGCUCGCAGCGGCCUGUCUCACUCCGUGACGGAGGACCUGCGCAUCAUCCAGCAAGAGGCUCCGGCUCUGAGCUCCUCCAGCAGAAGAUCUCACGACGAGGAGGACAAGCGCUUCUCCUGCAGGCUCCCGGACGAGGAGUCCUCAGAUCCGUUCUUCUUUCAGCAGGCUGACAUGGACCAGGACACAGAGAAGGCCGUGGUGAGGAGGACGGCCGAGCCGCAGUGUGUCUCUGAUGACGCCCAGAGGAAGUUCGCCAACGCCAAGGCCAUUUCAUCCGACAUGUUCUUCGGCAAGCAGGACUACUCUGAGUAUGAAGUGCGGGCGCGACUGGAGAAUUACUCGGGCAGUUCGGCCAUCAGCUCCGCGGAUCUGUUUGACGAGCAGAAGAAAUCCGCAGUGUCCGGCGGCUCGUCCCGCUUGAGUAACAUGAUGCCCGCUGUGCCGGACAUGAUGCAGCUGAAGAGCGGUGUGCGAUCGGUGGCGGGAAAGCUGUCGGUCAUGGCCAGCGGAGUCGUGUCCUCUAUACAGGAUCGCUACGGCACAUGAGCUUCGCUGGAGCCGCCGCAGACGCUACCAUACUGAGGGAAGGAGCUUAUUAUCAACCAUCGCUUUGGUCUGUUUUCUUCUGUUUCUUAUUUAGUCAGGCGGCAUUUGGUGCGCUUGUUGAGGAUUCUGUUUGUCAUUUGGGAGAUGUGUGCUUUGGGGACCAAAUAUCAUCUGCUAUUGAAGUGAAAUGUUUGCACUCGUUUACUUUUGCACUAUUCUGAGAUAUAAACGUGCAGUUCUUCAGCUGUUUCCUACAGUAAUGCUGGUGUAGCUGUUGACUGAUCCCGAGGAGGAUGUCGGAGCGCCGGAUGCGAUGUUCUGCUCAUAGAAGGGCUUUAUGUGCUGUAUAAUAUAGAGUUGAUGAUGAUGAUGAUACACUACCAAUGAUCUGAUGUGACAAUCGUUUACCUGAAGCCUUAUUAAUCUCAUUGCCAUAAAUAUGUUUUUGUUUUUUUGUCAUUUAUGAACAUUUGUCAAACAUGAAGGUGGUUGAUUUAUCUGGUAAAAUUGUUAAAUUCAAUAAAGAACUGAUUUGAUGAAUAACU